AUGGAUGAAACUGGAUCUGAUCAUCGUGAAAACUGGGCAUCCACAACGCCGAUUAUUGGUGCAUUGCCAACAGGAUAUAACUACAAAAAAUUUGGCAACGUUUGGGAUAGUAAAUAUGGUAUUGAAACAUAUUUAGGUGGUCAGUAUCUCAGAUUUGGCGAAGUUUAUGAAGAAAUCUUUGAGAAUGCUAAAUUCAUGGCAAAUGUAAAUGGUGCAAUUAAAAGUACAGACUUAGAAUAUUACUCAGGUUUUUGUAAGAAUGAUAACUCAUCAUGUUAUUUAAGUGUAUUACAAUCAAGAGAAACAAAUGAAACAUAUACUGUUAAUUUCACAGAUGAAGUAGCAGAUGCUGAAUGUUUUGCAAAAGGCCACAAUUUGGAAUGUGAAAUAAAAGGUCAAACAGUAUAUUUAAAGUCAUAUGAUCAAUAUAGAACAGCUGUAAUUAAAUUCAGAAUGAAAUCAUGGAUUAAAGCAGAAGAAACACCAAAAAUAACUCCUCCACCUCCAACUAGUCAGCCAACACAAUCAUUGCAACCAUUAAAGUCAAAUGAAACAUAUGCAAUUAAAUCAACACUUACUCAAACAAUUACACAAACUGAUAUUCAAACAACACAAAUUACAAUUACUAAAGAAAAUUCGACAUUUGUUGAAACAGAAAUUGUUACAUGGAUUCAUACUUUUGUUGAAACAUUCUUUUAUACUUCAGUUAUAUUCAUAUCUGAGUUAGAAGGAAUAUCGAAGAGUCGUUUAACUCCUCCACAAAUCAUUCUUAUCUCUUCAAUUAUCAUUGUUUCAUUAUUUACUUUGGCGAUUAUAGGAAUAACUUUGUGGAGAAAGUCUCGUAAAAACAUUGAUGAUAAUUCAGAUUCAGAAACAGAUUUAUCUGAUGUAAACCAAACAGUUGACAUGGGAAUGAGUAAGUCAAUUGUUUUAGAUCCUGAAGCGCCCAUAUGUAUUAACUAUGAAAAUGAUGAAGAUGAAGUAUUUUUAAAUCGAGACUUUUAA